AUGAGACUUCACCGGUAUGACUACAUCUUUGCCAUUGGCACUUUGUUUGCCAUGCUAGAUGCCUACAACAACGGUGCCAACGAUGUUGCCAACUCUUGGGCCACCAGUGUGUCGUCCCGAUCGGUUAGCUACCGACAGGCCAUGGUUCUCGGAACCGUCUUCGAGAUGCUUGGAGCCAUCACCGUCGGUGCCCGUACUGCCGAUACCAUCAAGAACGGUAUCAUCCCUGUCACGGCUUUUCGAGGUGAUGCCGGCGUCCAGAUGCUCGCCUUCACCUGCGCUCUUGCCGCCGCUUCCUCCUGGGUCAUGUGGUGUACUCGCCACUCCGCUCACGUCUCUUCCACAUACUCGCUCAUCUCUGCCGUGGCUGGUGUCGGUGUCGCAACCGUCGGUGCCUCCAAGGUCCAAUGGGGCUGGAACGAUGGCAAGGGUCUCGGUGCGAUCUUUGCUGGUCUCGGAAUGGCCCCUGCCAUCUCGGCUGCCUUUGCCUCUAUUAUCUUCAUGUUGAUCAAGCUCGUUGUUCUCAUCCGCAAGAAGCCCGUUCAAUGGGCCGUCUGGAGCUCUCCAUUCUUUUUCCUCCUCGCCGCCACUCUUUGUACUUUGUCCAUUGUGUACAAGGGAUCUCCUAGCUUGGGCUUGAGCAAGAAGCCUGCUUGGUAUAUCGCUGCCGUCACCAUGGGUACCGGUGGUGGUGUCUGCCUUUUGUCUGCGAUUUUCUUUCUCCCUUGGCUCCACGCAAAGGUCAUCAAGAAGGAUCCCUCCAUCAAAUGGUGGAUGUUCAUCAUGGGACCUCUCCUCUUCAAGCGCCCUGCCCCUGCUGAGGAGUACGAAGCCAACGUUCCCAACUACGCUGUCGUCCAGGACGACGAUGACAAGACCGUCGUCGGUUCCCCCGAGAUCAACGCACAGGACGUUGAAAAGUCCACCGAAGGAGAUGUAUCGACCACCAACACCUCCGAGAAGGACGAGAAGAACCUUGUCACUGCUGAAGCCACCCAGGCCAGCUACAAAGAGCUCAUGGCUCAGGGUGAUGCCAAACACCGCGCCAAACUCCUCCAGAAGCGUGGCCCUCUCGGCUGGGCUAUGCGCACUCUCCGCGACAACCCCAUGGGCGCCGGUCAAAUCUACGAAUUCCACAACAUGAAGAUCCUCGCCAAGCGUAUCCCCGCCAUCAUUGUCUGUGGUCUUCUUUAUGGUAUUCACUACGAUAUCCACUCCGCCCAGACCGGUAUCGCCGGUACCCCCGACGGUAAACGAAUGCAAAGUGUCUAUGCCCAUGCCAAGAAGUACCCCAACGAAGUCGAGCAUACCUACUCCUUCAUCCAGGUCAUCACCGCUUGUACCGCCUCUUUCGCCCAUGGUGCCAACGAUAUUGGCAACUCUGUCGGUCCCUGGGCUGUCAUCUACUCUGCCUGGAACACUGGCAAUGCCGCUGCUUCCAAGGCUCCUGUUCCUGUCUGGCAACUCGCUGUUUUGUCUGGUUGUAUCUCCAUUGGUCUUAUCACCUACGGUUACAACAUCAUGAAGGUCAUGGGUAACAAAAUCACCUACCACUCCCCCAGUCGAGGAAGCUCUAUGGAAAUGGGCGCCGCUCUUACCGUCCUCAUCUUCUCUCAAUACUCCCUCCCCGUCUCAACCUCUAUGUGCAUUACUGGUGCCACCGUCGGUGUCGGUCUCUGCAACGGCACCAUCAAGGCCGUCAACUGGCAACGAGUCAGCCUCUUACUCGCUGCAUGGAUUCUCACUAUUCCUAUUGCUGGAACCCUUGGCGGUAUUCUGAUGGGACUGUUCAUUAAUGCCCCCCACUUUACCUCUUAG